AUGAGUUUCAGGGCCCGACGCUUCUAUUGGCACAACUGCUACGGAUUGACCCUGGCUAUGUUAUUGGGACUCGUGAACGUGCUGGCUGUGCCGUCGAUCUUGAGGAUCCUGGUGGGAGCCAGGCGCUCCAACGACGUGUACCCAGCGUUCAAGCGGUACCUCUCGACAUUCCUCCACGCCGUCUCCUGGUUUGAAUCCGACAUGCAUCGCGGCAGCCAGUCAUGGGAGUCCAUACUUAAUGUGCGGAGACGGCACAUAGUGAUGACGCAGGCAGCAAAAUUGAAGGGUCAGGGUAUGAUCUCUCAGAGGGAUCUGGCCCUCACGCAUUUUGGCUUUAUCGGCCUCGCGGUCCUUAAGCACGAUAAGUUUGGCAUCCAGACCUUGGAGGAGGAUGAUUGGGAAGCUUACAAUCAGUUCUGGCGGGUCAUUGGUUUCAUGAUUGGAAUCGAAGAUAGGUACAACAUCUGUCGCGACGCGAUAGCGGAGACCCGUCAGGUGUGCCGCUUGAUACUGCAGCGCGUGUACACGCCUUGCUUGGCGGAUACGCCGGAGUACUUCGAGUACAUGGCCCGCAUCAUGCUCGAGGGCGUGUCCUCGGCCAACCCGACAGUGAACACGCCCUCGCUGCUGUACUGGUCCAAGUACCUCGCCGAGGUCCCCGGAUACGUGUACACGGAGGACGAGCGGGUGGCAUUCCAGAGGAUGCUGAAGGAAAAGCUGGACGGCCGCUCCGACGACGUCGGCGUGGAUUCAGCGUCGCUUAUAUCUGAACCAGCCGUGGAAGGGCUGCCUGGAAACCAGCACCUCCUCUACAUCCGCGACUACGACUCUUUUAAGACUAUCCCGCAUUACAAAGAACUGUCGUUGUCAUCCCGAUGCAAACUCGCCUUCAAUUCGAUGUUCACGUCCUUCUACGGGACGAGGUUCGGUCGGUGGCUCCUCAACUCCACGUUCCUCACCACCGUUAAGCUCAUGAGGAACUACCCGAAGGUGACUUUCUUCGUCUUCAAUCUGAAGGUGACCACGAACUUCUUGUUCGACUUCCCUAUUGACAACAACGGGCUGAAGCCUAACUCCGCUUUCAAGAAAUCGGCUAGGCCGCCUUGGUACAGACAGAUCAUCGAAAGCCUGGCAACUAAGAAGGGU